CAAGAGCUGCACACACUUCAGGCCCUGAUGGGGGACUCGGGAUCCAGAAGAUCAACUCUCGUGUCUCGGUUGCCAAUAUUCCGCAGAAGCAUUAGCCGCAGGCACGACUCUCUCCCGUCCUCACCUUCCUCUGUUAAUGCUGUUGGUGUCCACACGUCCUCUCCCUCCAGCACUAACUCCAGCUCAGGGAGCACAGGCAAGCGCCGCAGUAUAUUCCGUACUCCAUCCAUUAGCUUCCAUAACAGGAAGGGGAGUGAGCAGAAGACUGAUUCUGCUAGCGAAAAUGUUAACAUCUCCAAUGGUGCCCAGUCUUCUCUCAGCAGUUUUCAAAAACUGAACCUAGAGGAACACGUUAAAAGCCGAGGGAGGCAUUCGGUUAGCUUUGGCAGCUCACGUAACAAGAAGAUAACGAGGUCUUUGACAGAGGAUUUUGAAAAGGGAAAGGAGCCCUCAACUAAUAAGAAUGUCUUUAUAAAUUGUAUAAGUUCUGGGAAGAAUGAGGGUGAUGAUUCUGGCUUUGUGGAGGAGCAAAGUCGAUACUCCGUCAAGCAAUCUACACGAAAACUUCUCCCCAAAUCUUUUUCCUCACACUACAAAUUUUCCAAGCCAGUUCCUCAGAGUGAGUCGGUCUCAAGCGUGCAGCAGCCUGGCUGCUUGUUGGAGAUUAAAUCGUACGUGGACAGCGAACCUCUGAUGGGGAAGCCCUCCCCUCCAUGUUCUGCUGAGACGACAGACUGUGCAGGCAGCUCCCUGCAGUCCCCGCUGCUUUCAACCGACCUCACGACGGCCCAGACGCCCUCGGAGUUUGUAUCCCAGACGGAGGACUCUGUUUCGGAAGUGGAAACCCUGCCGGGCAGUGGAAAUGCAGUGCUGCUCGCAGAGGAUUUUGGCCACAGUGUCUCUACCUCUCAGAUCUUCUCUAAUCCUGCUGUUGCUGCUCACGUGAGGAAGACGGAUCAAGGGGAAAAUAGCUGCCAGUGUGCUGGUGCAUCUCCUGUGAGUCAUGGGAGCUUGUGUAGCACUGAAUCUAAUACCUUCUUCAAAACCUCUGCUACUAAUCACACCCAAGUGUUGUUGCAAGCCAGUGAACUUCCUGCAAAAGAUUCCCAGCAUAUAGGAGAAAUUAACUCAGCAAAUGCGAGCUUACAGAUGUGUGCAUUUUAUCCCAGGGACCAAGCAGAGAUGCUCUCUCCAAAAGCACGGAGGUUAAAUGGGGACCAAAAUCAAAGAACACCAUCUAAGCACAUAAGAGAAACAAAUCCCGUAACUGAGUCUGUGUCGUGUUCUGAACCUCAGUCCUUUAAAGCACAACAGAGCUAUGAAAUAAACCAUUCUAAAGUUGAUCUUGCCAAUAGCUUCAGCCCAUACCGAGACGGCCGAUUUGUUGAGAAACGGCUCAGAUCCUCUUCAGAAGGUACAGCUGGAAGCAGUCGGCUCAUCGUAAAACCGAAGGAUGGAAACACAGAAGAACUUAACAGUCUACGAAAGCAGAGGACAAGCUCAUCUUCCUCAAAAAUGAACAGCAUGGAUGUCUUGAAUAACUUGGGUUCCUGUGAGCUGGAUGAAGAUGACCUAAUGCUUGACUUAGAAUUCCUAGAGGAACAACAUCACCGUUAUUCUGUUUGCCGUGAAGACUCAUACCAGUCAAUAGUCUCAUGUGCUGCUGUAGUACUCACACCUGUAGAACCCACAGCGGAUACAAGGAAGAAGGAACAGACCAAGAUGCCUGAUGUGUCUAAACAGAACCUAUCCCUGAAGCUAUCAAAAGAAGUGGAGCAAGGAGAAGCCAGGUACCCUCGUGUCAGCCAGCUGGCUGGCAGCCCGUCGGUGGAGUGGCCUUUUGCUGGUCUGGAGGAAGGGGGAGGAAUUGAAUCUUUGCCCUUCAGAUUGAUGCUGCAGGACUGCACAGCUGUAAAGACACUGCUGCUGAAAAUGAAGAGGGUUCUUCAGGAGAGUACAGACAUGAGCCCAGCCAGCAGUACCGCCUCGCUUCCAGUGAGCCCUCUUCCUGAGGAGCCCGUACUCUUCAAGGAUGUAAUAAAAGAUGAAUGUUCUGUGCUGAAGCUGCAGCUGAAGGAGAGAGAUGAACUCAUAGCCCAACUUCGGGAGGAGCUGGAGAAAGCCCAGUGUUUACAGAAAGUUCUCACUUCCCAAGAAGAUAAAUCCACUCAGACAGAACUUGUAGGCCACGAUGCUACAUAUCAAAACAGAACGGGGAACCAAAGCCUCAACACAUGGGACAUAAAGUCAGCACAUACACCUACCGAGGACCCUUUUAGAUGUUCCUCAGGCAGCCCAGCAGCAGCCUACGAAAGCAAGAGCUGUCAGCUGUCCAACUUGUGCCUGAGUAACCUCUUGAAAGAGAAGGAAAUCGUGGAGGCCCUCAAGCAGACGCGAGGCCCGUAUGAAGCCUUCGCCGCGGAGGUGACGCCCAAUGGCUUGGCCGUGGCGCAAGGCCCGGCCUUCCCGGGAGCGCCCAAGGAGCACGCGGGGCUGCCGCGGCAGCACAGCACCUUCACCGGGAGGCUCGGCCAGCCGCCCCGGGGACCCAUCUCCCUCCACAUGUACAGCAGAAAAAACGUUUUCCUCCACCACAAUUUGCACACGGCAGAGCUGCAGACUUUAGGUCAACAGGAUGGGUAACAGGGUUCUUGAAUGCUUACCGUGGAAGGAGGAUUGAUUAACUGGGAACAUAAACUCUUCUACAGCUUCGUCUUAAGUUUUCAUC